UUUCGCGUUUUCAGAGAAGCAAUAUAAUGCCUCGAUACGUGUCUUUUCGGGACCAGUAUGCGAUUGAAUGUGCUUCAGUGGGACAGGACGUGUUGAAGUCAGUGUAUGAGAAUGUUUGUUAUACCGAGUUGCGGUUGGAUUUGGACCGUGUGGUUGGAGCUUGUGCUUGGCCGCCCUUGAUGAAGGCCUUGUCUUGCGCCUCGGAUCUCACUCGGAUUUGCAUCUUUUCAAAGUCUGGGCUUCAGAGUAAUGCUGCUUUGAACGUGAGGCUGUUGGUGGAAGCUUUGACUGAGUGUGUUGUUCGAUCGAAACAACUCCUGGACUUGGACCUGGUUCGAGUGGAUCUUGGACAAGCUUCUUUGUUGCGAUCAAUCCUUUCUCAUCAACAAGCUGUGAGGACGAAUGCAGCAGAAAGACACCAGUUCACCAAGCGUCUUCCAAGAUUCAGCGGCAUUAAAAGAUUAUCAUUCGUCGACUGUCCCAAUUUGGGUUCAGCGUCGUUUCGUUGCAUCGCCGAGAGUUUGCACGACAGCGACGCCGUCAAGGCCCUGGACAUGGUCAAUUGCGGGAUCGACAAGAGGGGUGUGAGUGCCCUGGAGGCCCUGGUGUCACUCAACACGAGUCUGGUACUUGUGGACCUGCGCGGGAACGAAGUAAUGGCCUGUGCCGGGGACUUGUUGCGACAGAAGCUGUUGAUUUUGUCGCAGGGCACGCAAAAGUAUCCAGUGUUGCCAACUUCGCAUGCUUGGGACGCCGCUGUGAGAUCCCCAACGAAAUCCCCGCAUCGUCCUUCUGAGACAACUGUCAAACCUCGCCCUUCGGUGCCUCAACCGCCGGAAGAAGUCGCCGAAAAAAUCUACGCCAGAAAAUCAAAGAAUUCGUUGGAAGCCCUUCUGACGACCGUCGUGGAAGAAACGGAAAAGCGGAAGCGAGUGGAAGCUGAGUUGAUGAGGACCAGGAAGGAGAAUGCGGAUUUGAAAGCCCGGGUUUCCAGGCUGGAAUACCUCAAUGGUUUCACUGAAAACACGGCCUUGACUGUCGAAGACACCUUGUUGAGAUUCCAGUCAUUUCUCGAUGCCCUCGCCUCACUAAGGUUGGAGUACCUCAGUGAAGUUGAAGCGGAAUUUGACAAAAUGCGGACGACAGGCGAUUCUCAAAAUGAUCCGUAUAGCGAGGAUACUUUUGAAUCCGAAACUGACUCACUGAGAAUGGUCUUGAAAAGACUCGGUGAAGAUACUGUGAGGUUGGUGUCGAGUUCUCAAGUGAUCACGUCAGUGGCGUCGGUGGUGAAAGAAUGUGUCGAGAAUUCUUUGGACGCGGGGGCGACGAUUGUAGAGGUCAGAUUGGAAGAUUAUGGUUUCGACAGCAUUGUUGUCAAGGAUAACGGAUGUGGGUUGAAUGAUGAAGAUGCUAAAUGCAUGGCUCUGCCUCACUACACUUCCAAGAUCUCCAGUUUCUCUGAUCUAGAUGUCGCCCAAAGCAAACGAGAUCGCACCAUGAAGAAACUAGAUGUCGCUCAUGGUCGCGCCACGUUGCUUAGAAGCAACUGGAGUUCUCUAGAACUCACAAGAAGA